AGGUGGGUUUAAUGAUUGCUCAGUCAUUUUUAAAUCACAUCAACUUUUUCUUCCGUCUCUGUGGCAUAUAUGAGUGCUCUUUAGACUGUGACUAAAUUUCAAGUAGUCACUGAAAGCUGAGAGACCUCUGAGAAGUCAGAUAACAAAAAAUGGAGAAUAACACAACAGAAACCAAGGAGAAAAGCACUUCGGAAGUUAAAGAUAACCCUGCAGUAAAGAAGAAAGUGGACUGCUCUGCUAGUCUUAUUGUUGCUUCUGUAGCUGGAGCCUUUGGAUCAUCCUUCCUGUAUGGUUACAAUCUUUCUGUAGUGAAUGCUCCAGCAGUGUUCAUCAAGAAAUUUUAUAAUGAAACUUGGGAGAGAAGAUAUAACCAGUCAAUGACAGAACAGUCAGUUACCUUGUUCUGGACUAUAUCUGUUUCCAUUUUUGCCAUUGGUGGGCUUGUUGGAGCUUUAAUUGUUACUCCAGCUGUCAAAUAUUUUGGCAGAAAACGUACACUGCUGCUAAACAAUAUAUUUGCCAUUGUGGCUGCAUUGUUGAUGGCAUUCUCUCAUCUGGCAGGUGUCAUGGAAAUGAUAAUUCUGGGCCGAUUCAUAAUGGGCAUUGAUGGAGGUGUAGCUCUGAGUGCCCUCCCAAUGUAUUUGAGUGAAAUAUCUCCUAAACAGAUCCGUGGCUCCUUAGGCCAAAUUACAGCAAUCCUCAUCUGUGUCGGUGUCUUCACUGGACAGGUUUUGGGGCUACCUGAAAUAUUUGGAAAGGAAUCCCUGUGGCCCUACUUAUUUGGAAUGAUUAUUGUUCCAUCAGUCCUCCAGAUUGGGAUCUUGCCCUUUCUUCCAGAAAGCCCUCGCUUUCUUUUGCUUGAAAAACAUGACACAAAAGCAGCAGAGAAAGCAUUUCAGACCUUCCUUGGGAAAACUGAUGUGUCAUAUGAAAUAGAAGAAGUUCUGGAAGAAAGUCGAGUGCAGAGAAACAUCCAAGUAGCUUCAAUAUUUCAGCUGUUAUGUGAUGGGAGUAAGCGAUGGCAGAUACUAACUGUAGUUGUAACCAUGGCCUGCUACCAGCUCUGUGGCCUCAAUGCUAUUUGGUUCUACACAAAUGACAUCUUCAAAGGUGCUGGACUAAGUGCAGAAAUGAUUCCUUAUGUUACCUUAAGCACAGGAGCUGUUGAGAUUUUGGCUGCUGUUUCCUCAGGCUUGGUGAUAGAGCGAGUUGGACGCAGACCUCUUCUGAUUGGCGGAUUUGGCUUGAUGGUUCUCUUCUUCGUAAUACUGACUGUGUGCAUGACCUUACAGGAUCAGGCAGUUUGGCUUCGGUACCUCAGUAUAGUCUGCAUUCUUGCAAUAAUUGCAUCAUUUUGCAUUGGACCAGGUGGGAUCCCAUUUGUCCUAACUGGGGAGUUCUUUCAACAGUCUCAAAAGCCAGCUGCAUUUAUGAUUGCUGGGAUAAUCAACUGGCUGUCCAACUUUAUAGUUGGACUUGUUUUCCCUUUCAUCCAGGAAGGUUUGCAGACCUACUGUUUCCUCGUCUUUGCUGCUGUCUGUCUCGCUGGAGCCAUUUACCUUUAUUUUGUCCUGCCUGAAACAAAAAACAAGACUCUUGCUGAAAUCAACCAGGCAUUUGCCAAGAAGAAAGUGCCAUUAGAAAUUCGUGAACUGGACCAUUUUGAGGACAAGAGAAAAUCAAGCAAAGAACAAGAACUCAACUUGUCUUCUACUCUGGAGAACGGAGAAACCAAAAGCAGAAUAGUUUAAAAUUCAGUGUUUCAAACAUUUUUUUUUCUUGUGCCUUGAUACCAUUCACUCUUUCAACCCAGACAUUUUUAACCUCAGUGUGGUUGUAGGGGAAAUGGUUGUGACUGGGUUUCAUCUGUGGUAUAAGAUAUGUGAGGAUAUAACACAAAAAUUAACAAAGGCAAAUAAUGGAGAAUAGUUCCAUCUCCAUAAUGGAGAUGUUGCUUAGUGAUUCAUUUUCAUAUAUAAGAAAAUUCAAAACUGAUCAUUGUUUGAGGUAGACAAGGAAGAGAUGGUGUUCAGAGAUCAAUUCAGCAUUUCAAAUAGGAAUUUGAAAUCAAGCCCUUCCGUGCUGUAUCUGGUAGGGAAUGCUCUCUCUUGUUCUUAAUGCCUCACAUUCUUAGGUUUGCCACUGAGGUGCUUCAUCACUCCUACUGCUGGCCUUGCUAUUCCAGCCAAACAGACUUGACACUUUUGGAGGAAGAAAACUAACCAUGUUGCCAAGCUGUUUUUCAAAGGUGCCUAUUAAACUAGACAUUAUCAAAUAUUUUUAAAUGCCACUGAAGAGACUGGAUGGCCUCCUUCAACCUAGCCCUGGUUGUUUUGUUCAUCUCCUUGAGUUCAGAGGAUAAAUGCGGCUAGCAGUUUCCUAUGCAGCAAGCAUACUCCAGUGUAGGAAAGAGCAUACUUUUUGAUCUAUUCAGUGGGAGGGACUGCUGUAAUUUCCACAGAAGAUGUCCUGCACUUGCAGAACUACAACUGCCGUGUGCUUCCAUUGUGAGAAAAGUGACUUAUUAUGUGCUGAUGUUGCACAAACCGAUUAAUUAACAGCCGUUUAGCUCCUUGGGUUUAAAUUUUCCAGGAAUUAUAGGGGGAACUAUUAAAGAUUGCAUGCAUCACAUAUACUAUAGAUUUUUCAGUUUCAGAGUCCUCAUGUGAGACAUUGUUUAAAUCUCAGGGUUUACCAGCUUUUUCCUGGUUCUUUUUCAAAUUAAAUCAGGUCAAAGGAAAUAAAAUCUACUGUUUUAGGAGACUGGUGAAAUGUCAGGAAAACUUUUCUAUGAACAUGGCCUCAUAGCCUGACAAAUCCACAAAGUUCAAGGAAAAUUGUGUGAAGACAGAGCCACUUAAAACUUCAAAUAUCCUGAGGAAAUAUUAAAUAUACUUAUUUAUUAUGCAUGCUAGCUAGUCAACCCUGAACCCAGAAAUUUUAGCAUUAAUGGAAAAACAUUAAGGCAAUAAAUUUAGGUAUAUUUUUCUUUUCCCCAUCAUGAAACCUGUUCAGCCUUCUCACCCUCUGUUAAUUGGGAACAAUACCACCACCUGGCCAAAGCCCAAGAUGGGAGCUGGGAAUACACUGCAACCUUUUACUGCAGUUUUUCAGUUGUCACUUACUAUGUGAACAAAAAAGAUAAGAGAUAAGCUAGCAGAUUUAGAAGUGUCAGAUACAAACUUCUCACUUACUGAUAUCUAGUUUGCUAAAGGGGAAGUAAGUACUCCAUGUUAACCUGUUACAGCAGUAAGUCUUCAGCUUGUCAGACCUCACAGCCUUUAUCUGCCCAACCUGCAUUUCUUAACGUUUUGCCAUAUAGUCCUAUGGGGCUAGUGCUGCAGUUAGGAUCCACCCAGCUGAAGCCAUCAGUUGAAGAGCCGCCUUGAGUCCCAAUUUGGGAGAAAGGAGGAGUAAAAAUAAAAUUAAAUAAAUAAAUAAAAGAUCAACGUCAGAAGACACAGCGCUAGAGCAUUCAGCUUCAAUUGUAGGACAUAGUGGAAAUAUCAAUGUUAAAUGUCACCAUGUCUCAUCAUCCAGUAUUCCUGUUGGUGGCAUUACUUUUUUCCAUUCGUAUGCUGCUGUUUCCAUUACUAAAAAGGGAAGAAUGAAUGUAAUAGUCUUAUUGGAUGUGAAUAAUAGUUUACAAUGGAGCCAAUAAAUGUUUUGUUUGUGGUAGGGUUCUGUUUCACUCAAUCACUCCUACAUCUAUUGACUUGAGACUAAGUACCUAAAUACUCGAAAGGCACCAGAUCCUGUCUGAUCUUGCAAGCUAAGCAGGAUCAGCCCUGGUUGGCAUUUGGAUGGAAGACAAUCAACAGAUACCACAUACUGUAAAUUAUACUUCAGAGAAAGGAACUGGCAAAACCACCUCUGAGUAUUCCUUGCUAAGAAAACCCUAUGAUAUUCAUGGGACUGCCAUAAGUCGACAGAUGACUUGAAGGCACACACCCACAAGUACCAUAAUAGAAGUUUAUGUUGUUAGAAUUAGAUAAUUGCUAGUCUAGGUCUCCCCUCCCUCAUUUUUUUAUUUAUUUUCUGUUCAGUAGCAUUCAGGUUAUUCAUAAGUCAGCUCAGACUUUAUUACUUGAAUCCAUCACUGAUAAGGUCAGUGUUUGUAACUGAGAAAUUAUGAGAAUGUAAUCCAGAACUGAAUAA